CCUUCUUCCGGGCUCGCGUCCCGGCUCAUCACCCGGCUUGUGGCCCACUCCCACCGCCAGCUGGAACCCUGGGGACUACGACGUCCCUCAAACCUUGCUUCUAGGAGAUAAAAAGGCCUCACCUCCCGCCGGCUCCGCCCGGCCCGGCCCACCUCGCCCCCACCUCGACGCCCACCCAUUGUCCCAUCGCGCAGUCACCGAGCGCAGAUCCCGAGCUCUCGAUUGGAACGCCUCCCCAUCACUCAGCCACACUCAGGGGCUGGACGCCUCACUCCCGUUUCCGAGCCAUAAAAGGUCUAGGGCCGCUUCCCCCGUGCCAGCAGGUGCACUCGGGACAAGCGUAGACGAGCUGGGAGCCGAGCGAGGUGGGGAGGAGUGGCGGCUGCGGGCGAGAACGCGCGCGCCUCCGCUCGCCCUCCAGCGCGGGCGGGCAGGACGAGCGCUGGGGAGCGGCGGUUGCGCGGGGCCCGAAUCGCUGUGGGCACCAAUCAACGGUUGCCAUAGCAGCGUUUGACGUCAUCGUGCGUGUGGUGCCCCUGCUGCCGGGGCUGGUGAUUGGAGGAAACCCCGUGUCUGCGGAGCCGCUGUAGCCUGUGAGCAGCGAGAUCCAGGGACAGAGUCUCAGCCUCGCCGUUGCUGCCGCCGCCGCCCAGAGACUGCUGAGCCCCUGUCCGUCCGCCGCCACCACCCACUUCGGGCACAGAACAUCCAGUCAUGGAUAAAAAUGAGCUGGUUCAGAAGGCCAAACUGGCCGAGCAGGCUGAGCGAUAUGAUGACAUGGCAGCCUGCAUGAAGUCUGUAACUGAGCAAGGAGCUGAAUUAUCCAAUGAGGAGAGGAAUCUUCUCUCAGUUGCUUAUAAAAAUGUUGUAGGAGCCCGUAGGUCAUCUUGGAGGGUCGUCUCAAGUAUUGAACAAAAGACGGAAGGUGCUGAGAAAAAACAGCAGAUGGCUCGAGAAUACAGAGAGAAAAUUGAGACGGAGCUAAGAGAUAUCUGCAAUGAUGUACUGUCUCUUUUGGAAAAGUUCUUGAUCCCCAAUGCUUCACAAGCAGAGAGCAAAGUCUUCUAUUUGAAAAUGAAAGGAGAUUACUACCGUUACUUGGCUGAGGUUGCCGCCGGUGAUGACAAGAAAGGGAUUGUGGAUCAGUCACAACAAGCAUACCAAGAAGCUUUUGAAAUCAGCAAAAAGGAAAUGCAACCAACACAUCCUAUCAGACUGGGUCUGGCCCUUAACUUCUCUGUGUUCUAUUAUGAGAUUCUGAACUCCCCAGAGAAAGCCUGCUCUCUUGCAAAGACAGCUUUUGAUGAAGCCAUUGCUGAACUUGAUACAUUAAGUGAAGAGUCAUACAAAGACAGCACGCUAAUAAUGCAAUUACUGAGAGACAACUUGACAUUGUGGACAUCGGAUACCCAAGGAGACGAAGCUGAAGCAGGAGAAGGAGGGGAAAAUUAACCGGCCUUCCAACUUUUGUCUGCCUCAUUCUAAAAUUUACACAGUAGACCAUUUGUCAUCCAUGCUGUCCCACAAAUAGUUUUUUGUUUACGAUUUAUGACAGGUUUAUGUUACUUCUAUUUGAAUUUCUAUAUUUCCCAUGUGGUUUUUAUGUUUAAUAUUAGGGGAGUAGAGCCAGUUAACAUUUAGGGAGUUGUCUGUUUUCAUCUUGAGGUGGCCAAUAUGGGGAUGUGGAAUUUUUAUACAAGUUAUAAAUGUUUGGCAUAGUACUUUUGGUACAUUGUGGCUUCACAAGGGCCAGUGUAAAACUGCUUCCAUGUCUAAGCAAAGAAAACUGCCUACAUAUUGGUUUGUCCUGGUGGGGAAUAAAAGGGAUCAUUGGUUCCAGUCACAGGUGUAGUAAUUGUGGGUACUUUAGGGUUUGGAGCACUUACAAGGCUGUGGUAGAAACAUACCCCAUGGAUACCACAUAUUAAACCAUGUAUAUCUGUGGAAUACUCAAUCUCAAUGUGCACACCUUUGACUACAGCUGCAGAAGUGUUCCUUUAGACAAAGUUGUGACCCAUUUUACUCUGGAUAAGGGCAGAAACGGUUCACAUUCCAUUAUUUGUAAAGUUACCUGCUGUUAGCUUUCAUUAUUUUUGCUACACUCAUUUUAUUUGUAUUUAAAUGUUUUAGGCAACCUAAGAACAAAUGUAAAAGUAAAGAUGCAGGAAAAAUGAAUUGCUUGGUAUUCAUACUUCAUGUAUAUCAAGCACAGCAGUAAAACAAAAACCCAUGUAUUUAACUUUUUUUUUUUAGGAUUUUUGCUUUUGUGAUUUUUUUUUUUUUUGAUACUUGCCUAACAUGCAUGUGCUGUAAAAAUAGUUAACAGGGAAAUAACUUGAGAUGAUGGCUAGCUUUGUUUAAUGUCUUAUGAAAUUUUCAUGAACAAUCCAAGCAUAAUUGUUAAGAACACGUGUAUUAAAUUCAUGUAAGUGGAAUAAAAGUUUUAUGAAUGGACUUUUCAACUACUUUCUCUACAGCUUUUCAUGUAAAUUAGUCUUGGUUCUGAAACUUCUCUAAAGGAAAUUGUACAUUUUUUGAAAUUUAUUCCAUAUUCCCUCUUGGCAGCUAAUGGGCUCUUACCAAGUUUAAACACAAAAUUUAUCAUAACAACAAAAAUACUACUAAUAUAACUACUGUUUCCAUGUCCCAUGAUCCCCUCUCUUCCUCCCCACCCUGAAAAAAAUGAGUUCCUAUUUUUUCUGGGAGAGGGGGAGAUUGAUUAGAAAAAAAUGUAGUAUGUUCCAUUUAAAAUUUUGGCAUAUGGCAUUUUCUAACUUAGGAAGCCACAAUGUUCUUGGCCCAUCAUGACAUUGGAUAGCAUUAACGAUAAGUUUUGUGCUUCCAAAUCACUUUUUGGUUUUUAAAAAUUUCUUGAUACUCUUAUAGCCUGCCUUCAAUUUUGAUCCUUUAUUCUUUCUAUUUGUCAGGUGCACAAGAUUACCUUCCUUUUUUAGCCUUCUGUCUUGUCACCAACCAUUCUUACUUGGUGGCCAUGUACUUGGAAAAAGGCCGCAUGAUCUUUCUGGCUCCACUCAGUGUCUAAGGCACCCUGCUUCCUUUGCUUGCAUCCCACAGACUAUUUCCCUCAUCCUAUUUACUGCAGCAAAUCUCUCCUUAGUUGAUGAGAUUGUGUUUAUCUCCCUUUAAAACCCUACCUAUCCUGAAUGGUAUGUCAUUGUCUGCCUUUAAAAUCCUUCCUCUUUCUUCCUCCUCUGUUCUCUAAAUAAUGAUGGGGCUAAGUUAUACCCAAAGCUCACUUUACAAAAUAUUUCCUCAGUACUUUGCAGAAAACACCAAACAAAAAUGCCAUUUUAAAAGAGGUGUAUUUUUUCUUUUAGAAUGUAAGCUCCUCAAGAGCAGGGACAAUGUUUUCUGUAUGUUCUAUUGUGCCUAGUACACUGUAAAUGCUUAAUAAAUAUUGAUGAUGGGAGGCAGUGAGUCUUGGUGAUGAGGGUGAGAAACUGAAAUCCCAAACACUGUUUUGUUGCUUGUUUUAUGAUGACCUCAGAUUAAAUUGGGAAAUAUUGGCCCUUUUGAAUAAUUGUCCCAAAUAUUACAUUCAAAUAAAAGUGCAAUGGAGA